AUUGCAGUCACGAAAGCUUUAAAUCGAAAUUUAAAAUCGUUAUUUAUACAUUAUUAAAAUUCAAACUAUAUAGUAAUAAACAAAAUAAAGCGAGUAUUAUGAAGAAAAUUAUGAUUUUGUUCGGAAAAAAUUAUAAUUGUUUCACGAAAGGCACUUCCACGAUCUUGGGAUAUUGAUUAAUCUUACAGCGUUUCAAACUAAAUUAUGGUAACGUUUCGUAUGAAAUCUGCACAUCUGGAGCAGAGAGUCGUCCGCUACACAAAUACCAAGUUAUUGUAGAUAAUACUUCCGCAUUUAAUGUAGAAAAGGUUUGUAAUUAAAUGGAAAACAUGUCCUAACAUGGCCCGCACUCAAUAAUAUUACUCCUGCACACUUUCGAUGCAUGGAGCCAGCCAACAAUCAGCAGUAUAAAUAUUUAUCAUGGGCUUACAAAGGAAAAUUGAAAGCUCGUCAAGUUGUUUAAAAAUAAACAUGUAAAAUUAAUAUGAGAAAAAUAACUGCUCCACAGCACCACAGCCAAUAAAUACAAGUGAAGACUAGCGAGAUCUAUGCAGCGCUGGUGUCUCACGGGCGCGCAACGUGCAGCUGAGUUGGCCCUUUUCGAUGCAUCGGUUGCCUUUUCAGAACUUGUGUGCUUUGCAUGCAACUCUAUAACCACGCUUGCCUUUUAACUUUGCUGAUCUGUGUGCUUCACCUGUUCAGCUCAGGUGUAAUUGACUUCAUGAUAUUUCGACCUUUAAAUAAUGUUUGUUGACUUUGCAUUUGGCGUUGUUUUUGUUUAUAACCAGAUGGUCUUUGUCGAAGGCUUAGCAUAUUGAAGAGUUGCUUUUAAAGGAACAGAGUGAAGAGUUAGACCAGCGUACUACCUGGUGAGCUCUGUAAAACGGUAAGGAAAAGACUACAGCUACUCUAGAAGCAGAAUAAACUCUUGUUCACUUUUACUUAAGGAUACAUUUAAAACCAAAAGCCAGUGUAACAUGUAAGAAUGCAUUACUGUUUUUGUUUUUAAAUCGUAGCUGUGUUUAAGCUGUGCCAUGUCUGCUCUAGCUGUGCCUCUGUCUCUGGUGAAGAAUGGACAUGAUCGAGCUGUUCCAGGUUUGGAUCGUUCCCUCCGUUUAUGCCAUCACGGUGGUUCUGGGCGUCCCACUGAAUGCCCUCGCUCUGUGCGUGCUCAGCCGAAAGAAGAAGUCGUCCAUGUCCGUCUACAUGCUCAAUCUGGCCGCGGGGGACUUGCUCUUCCUGCUCUUUCUACCACUGAAAAUUGACUAUCACUUCAAUGGAAACAGAUGGAUCCUUUCAAGUUUCAUGUGUAUUUUACACAUAAUGUUAUUCUUUUCCAACUUUUAUGCGAACCUAUUGUUGCUUUGCGCAAUAAGCAUGGACCGCUAUGUUGCUGUCGUGUACCCGCUAAGAGUGUCUCGCUGGCGCAAACCCCAAACGGCGUGGCUCAUUUGUCUCUUGUGCUGGGUCCUUAGCAUUACCCACACCUUGCCCGCUAACCACAUUAGCAGCUUUCUCAGCGAAGAGAACAUUACAACUAAUAGUACCACAUUCGUGUUUGUGAGAUGCUAUGAAAAAUUCACUCCAGAAGAUCUGACAUUCUUGGCAGCGUACAGGCUAUACGUAUUCUUUGCUCUCUAUCUCAUGUCCCUGACUAUAGCGAUGUUUUGUUAUGGAAAUGUCGUGAAAACCCUCAUUGUGACGACAGGGCAGACAGAACUGAUAAGUCAAGCAAAAAAGAUACGUGCUGCCAAGACUACCGCAGUGAGCUUAUUGAUUUACGUCGUGUGCUUCAUCCCGUAUAACUCAACGCACGUUAUAGGUUUCAUACAGACAAGAACAGGCGCCUUUUCUUGGCACAGCAUCGCAAUACUGAGAGACGUCACCAUGUGUCUAAGUGUGAUCAACAGCCUCCUAGAUCCACUGAUCAUCUACAUCGGAUCAUCCACAUUUCGCAACUCGCUCAAAAGAGUUUUAAAAUGUGGACGCACCAACAGGCAAGUGUUUUCCAUGGGCGAAUAGUUUUUCUUUGCCGGCAUGAUGACGUCUCCAUGCACGGGUGGAUGUCUUUCUUGGCAGUUUAAAUGAGUGCCCGUCUAUCUAUCUUGACGCUGCAGGCAAGGAACGCGAGGUUUAAUUAAGUGCAGUAAAUAAUACGUGACCACUUGGCACUGGCAAUAGGUUGUUGGCCCACUCAAUCUAUUCAGCAUAUAAAUAGUUGGAUACUUUCCUGGAAUAGAUCGACACAUUUUUGCAUGUCAAGCUCAGAGAGCUGAUUGCAUAAACCUCGCACUGCCUUCAUGAGAUUUCAGGAAAUUACCUCUCUUUAAAGUGGACAUAAACCGUAACCAGAACAUUCUGAUACAUAGGCUGUAUGUAAAGAAGUAUCAGUGUUGUGAUAAUGUAAAUGCUAACAUUUGACAAAAUUGUACAAAUAUGAAUUGAACUCAAUAAUUAAACGAUGAAAUGUAUUAACUUGAUAUCCAUUUCAGGAUUCCACGAAACCAAUCCCCUUCUUACACGGAAAUAGUUGAUGCAGAGGAGUUGUACUCUGCAAGUGCACGGGAUGUCAAAUUAAUGAUGGGCAUUUGUAUGGAAUAAUAUUUGUUUUUCUUCUUUGGUUCUU